UGCAACGAAUUCUAAAGUUUCACUUGCAGGAAAUCAACGGGUCCUAUGAACUUUUUGAAGGAUCGGCGAAAGGUUUGAUUCUUCUCUCAUGAUAGUAUAAGAAACCUUUCUCUGUUUUGUCACCAAUUUACUUAGUCUUCUAUCAUUUCCUUCAAAACUUACAAUAUAACCAAUGUACAUAAACAUUACGCACUUAUACGGAUUAAAGAACUUUACAGAUGAAUAUAAUCCAAGGUUACAAAAAUAUAUCUUCACUUCUUUUAUCAAAAAAAUAUAUAUAUAUAUAUCUUCACUAUCUUUUUUUUUUUUUUGACACACAUAUACCUUCACUAUCUAAUAGACUUUUUCUCUUCCUUGAAAUCUGAGAAGACUCCUUUCCAGCCAGCGUAGAAAUGAUCGAGAAAUAACGACUUUGUUUCUCCUAAAUUUCGAAGUAACACACAACAAAUACAGUUUUUAAAGUGGAAAGUACCCUUUUCGGUUCACAUAAUUUUUAGAUCAAUGUCUCGACACCAAAAACCCUUACUUCUCCGUAGCCAUGCACCAUUUUGAUCAAAUAUCUUGCAAGCACUCAUACUCUCCACUGAAUCAUGAAAUGAUGGAGCUUUAUGAAUCAUGAAAGUGGGACGCCUAUAUUAGGGAGGAGGUGAAAGGGGAGAGUAACUCCGAGUGAAUUGGGAGGCGAUAGAAAACAAUAGGGGCCAAUGGUGGUUUCUGAAGAUAUGUGAAACGGUCCAUAUUUCAUAAUAAAAGGCCAAUAUUUGUUUACGGUCCAUUGGUUAACUGAAAAUGGAUUAGACAACGGUGACGUGACAUGCCUCACCACUCACCAUAGUCCCCUUUUCCUUCAGUCAAGUCACAGAGUAUCAUAUUCUCUAUAAUACUCUUCGCUUUUCUGUUGAUUAAUCGUAUAUAUUGAACAUGCUGUGUGAAACACCGUUUUAUUCACACUUAACACUAUGCAGUCGGUCAUUCUUAUUAAGAAUAAAGGUUUGAUUUGUAUUUGAUAAUAAAAAAAUGGGUUUGAUUUGUCAUUAUACAUAUUACACACCAAAUGUCGCAGCACAUCUUUCCAAAAAAUAAAAAUAAACUAAUGAUGACAUCACUGAAAUCUUUUUUAUCUCUCUCUAAUUGCAACAAUCACAGAACAGGUACCAAACCGAGAUUGUCUCUAAUAAAUGUUAGAGUCUCUUAAUUCUAAUGGUAACCGUAAUCACUUAUUAAUCACCUUUCAAUUCUUAAACGUACGUAGUGAUUGUUGUUAAUGCUCAAAAUUUGAGAAACUGAAGCCAGAUAAUAUAAAUAGAGACACAUAAACUUCCAAAGAAGAUAUAUAUUUACAUUCUAUAACACAUCUUUUCCACAUAAUAAAAACUCAUGGACACUCUUAUAAUGGUAUCGAUCAUGACCCUAGUGCUCUUUGUUAGCUCUGGAUCCGCACGUGCCGCCACUCUUAUCGUAUCCAACCAGAUGCAGAGACGUGCUAAUGUUCCCGUCUUCGUGACGUGCCAGGGCUCAAUUCCUAGGAUGUCUAAACCCAUACCUUUGGGUCAAGUCUCGUUGAUAAAGAUCCCAACCACUAGCGGAAAAAAUGCGACUGAUGAUAUCCCACCCACCGCUGAAAAAAACGAUAAACCGGCGAGACCUAGAGUGUCGCAGCGGACGUCUUGCGAAGGAACGUUUUGGGGUGAAGCACAAUUCGUGCCCUCUUUGAGGAUGUACCGUUUGUACGAUUCGGACACUGAUUCUGCGGUGCGUUUCGUUGUUGCAAAAGAUGAUGGGUUUUACUGUUGGAACAAUGACAAGAAUUAUUGGCACAAGUGUCCUAUGAUCAUUUUCAUCUAAUUGCUCCAAAUUUACGUUUCAAUUUCAAAUGUUAUAUUUU